AUGCAGAGAGAAGAACUCCUUAUAAGAACUCCUCAACAGAAAAAAACUGCAAAUGGAAUCUCUUUUUAAUAGAAAAUAAAUUAACUGAAUAAGAAAAACAGCAUUAAAUUUUCAGAACUAUUAAAAGAGCGUAGAUUGGAUAGUAAAUCAAAUACUAAAUUUACAUUUAGAAGACCUAGUAUAACUCGUAAACCUGUUUAUAAAAUUUAAUAAGGUAUUAUUAUCAAAAUCUUAUAAAAGCUUGUAGUAUACAAAGACACUUAUCAUAAGAACCUUAGGCAUCAGGUACUUAUAGUGUUGUAUUUUCAAACAAUGCACACUAAUUUUUGGAUAAAAGGAAAAUUUAAACAAGCAAUUGUGAUCCUAUGGAAGACAACAAAAAUAAAGUUUUUAAGGGAUUCUAUAAUUAAUCAGAUAUAAGCAAUACAAAAUCGAUUCUCACCAGUUUAUUAUAAGGUAUGUAACUUAGAAUUUCUGCAGUUACACCAUUUCCAAAAUUAAUAGAACAUAAUGCCUUGAUAUCUCAAAAAACAAUAAGAUAAAAGGCAUUUUCUUAGGAUAAAGAAAGGGAUAAAUCUUAGUCUUUUACAGAAGAACUAGAUAAGAGACUUAAGUUUAGAAUUUAACAAAACACUAAAAAAAGAAAAUCUGUUAAUUAAACUAAUGCUAGUCCAGUUCCUUAAAAGAUCAUUGUUCCUCAAAGUAAUUCAACUUAAAUUUAAAGUAACAAUUUUAAGUUUUCUUUAACUGAGUAUUCUUAAUUGUCAAGGGAAUAGUUAUUUUAAACUAAAUUACAGAAUUAUUAACAUUUUUUAUUUUUAGUAUCUUGUUAAAGUGGAUUUUACACUUAACCAUAAGAUUGUUUAAUUGAAUUGAAAUUAAAGAUCGGAGGAGGAAAUAAUUCUUUCCUUUUAAAAGAAAUCGUAAAGUAACGAUGGUGGUUGACUCAAUUGAAAUUCAAUGAGUUAUCAAAUGAAGAUAGCAAUUUCAUUUGGACUUAAAUAAAAGUUUAAGAAUUUAUAAAUUAAUAAAAAUAUUCAAAUAAUUGUGUUUAACAAUAGAAAAAGAAAAUCUUGAAUUAACAAUAAUUUAAUUUAAUCAAGAAGAAAUAGGUUAUUGAUCCAUUUUUAAGAUUGAUGAGAGACGAUAGUGAAUAUAAAACAAUUGAUAGAAAUUAAAAAGCAUAUAUGAAGUUUGUAAAUUAGAAGAAUUUAAGUAUUCUGAAAGUUGAUUCGAAUAUUAAGGUAUGAUAUAUUCAAAUAGAUUAGAUUCACAAUCAUAUUGAUAAGAAUUACCACUUAGGAAAUAAGAAAGCUAUGUAUCAUAAUCUUAAAAAAUAUUAUGAAUUGACAAAGCAAGAUUUGAAUUAGAUCAUUCCAAGAACAUUUCACAUACAGAAGGGAGCUAGAGAUAAGGUUUAUCUGUAAUUUCUGGAAUUCUAUAAAAAAUAACCAAAGUAUAAAAAAGAUUACUAUCUAGAGGCUCUACUUGGAUUGUAAAACCUGGGGAAUUUACAAAUAGAGGCACUGGAAUAACAGUAUGUUAAAGUUUAUCUGAAAUAAAUAAAAUUGUGAGUAAAAAGUAGAUGCAUACUGAUGGAAAACAAUUUACCUACUUAAUUUAAAAGUAUAUAGAAAAGCCUUUCUUGUAUAACAAAAGAAAAUUUGACAUUCGAUGUUACUUUCUUAUUACAUAACUUAAUAAUGUAAUGAGAGCAUAUUGGUAUGAAGAUGGAUACAUUAGAACUUCAUCUGAAGAAUUCGAUUUAGAUGAUCCUGCUAAUUUAUAUGUUCAUUUAACUAAUGAUGCAAUAUAAAAAUAUGCUGAUACAUAUGGUAAGUAUGAAAAUGGAAAUAAAUUAUCAUUUUCUGAAUUUCAACGUUAUUUAGACAAUCAACCAAAAAAAUAUCAUUUUUAUAAGGAUCUCUAUCCUUAACUUAUUGAUAUUGCUACUACUAGUAUAAAAUCUGUGUAUUGUAAAUUAGCUCCUUAUAAGAAAGAAUUCAAUUUUGAAAUAUUUGGUUUGGAUUUUAUGAUAGAUUAAUCAUUUAAACCAUAUUUAAUUGAAAUUAAUACUAAUCCAUGUUUAGAAACAAGUAGCCCUGUAUUAUAAAGAAUAAUUCCAUAAAUGGUUGAAAAUGCAUUUCGAAUGUCUAUUGACACGAUUAUUCCACCACCUGAUUCAAGUUUAUGGCCUCCAUGUAAGAAACAUUUUCUUUUUUAUGACAAUCUCUUAGAAAACAAUAAGUUUCAAUUAAUCUUUGAUGAAAGGGAAGAUUCUGAAGAAUUAAUUAAAUUAUAUGGAGCAACAAUCAUUCAUGAUGAAAUUGAUGAAAUGGAUGAAGAAGAAGAAGAAUUUGAAAGUGAAAGUGAAAAUGAAAAUGAAAAUAACGAUAUUGAUAAUUGA